CAGUUUAUGAUACAGAAGGAGAGAAGGAGGGUGAAGGGUGCUGCUUGUGUCGUAAUACUCAAGAGUUGGGCCAAAGUCAAGCGAGAAAGAACUUGUUUGGAAGGAUGGUGUCAUUCCUUUUCCAGACUUAAAGGCACAAGGGGAGGGUCUAAUAGGGGAAAAGAAAAGGAGAAGUUGGUAUUACAGAGAACUUGUACUCAGAUUAGAACCAGAGGAGGGGAAAAAGAACUAAAGGAAAAGAGGGAACUGAUCUGCAGCUGUUUACCAGGAUAAGCAAACAACAUGGAGGAAUCCAGCAGUAACAAGCCAGUAGUGGUGACCUCAUCUUUGAACUUCAAAGUCACAACUCCAUCCUUCUACAACCAGCCAAAGAAGUUUGCCUCGGUGGCACCGCCGCGGCCCAAAAGUCAGACGCCUCCCUCGGCGCCGUCGCCCACACCACUCGGCACAGCGGUCAUUGGCAGAGUGGGGGACCUGCCUCCACCUCCAUCUUCACUCUGUGAUGACUUUCCUCCCCCUCCACCACCUCCUCCGAUGGACGAUGAUUUGCCAGCUCCUCCCUCUGAAUGCCAAAUCACACCUCCCGCCUUCCCUGCUCCUCCUCCUGUGGCAGAUGACCUGCCCCUCCCUGCUCCCCCAGAGGAGAGUGUCUGUUCACCCACCUGUCCCUCUCCCCCUCCGCCCCCUCCACCUCCACCCCUCCCGGCCUCCGGUACUGCUGUCGCAGGCGGUGCUUGGAACCCGCAGAGACCCAUGGAGAAGCAGACGAGUUUCGACAAGCAGCUCGAUUCUCUGACUGAUCUGUUGUCCGAGAUGGAAACCAAAGGGCCUUUCAACCCCAAGUUGCCAAGCCAGUAUUCCUCAGCACCAGCACCCAAGUUCGCAGCACCCCCUCCGACUGCUCCCAAACCAGCGCUUUCCUUCCUCCCGCCUCCUGAGAUGGGCGACCGUCCUCCACCGGCUCCCUGGGCGGAAGAACUCAAAGCCAGAACCAAUCGGCAAGCCAAUCACAAUUCCGCUCCAAACGCCGGUGCUCAAGGCUUCGCAAAGGCCGCGGAAGUGGGCUCCAAGCCUGGUUUCGGGGGCAAAGUGGUGACGUCUUCUGCCUCGCUGGCACAAAAAAUUAACCAGAACCUGAACCAGCCCGCCGCCCCAAUUAACAACGUGCCGAAACCUUCAGCUCCUGCAGCCAGCCGCUCAUUCCCCGCACCUUCUGGAGCUCCUCCUGCAGCUCCUCCUGCAGCUCCUGCAGCUCCGGUGAACCACAUGAGCGGGGCUGCUGCCCCUAACAACACCAAAAGCUCUCCGUUUGGAAGUAAGAUAAAUGCAAACCAACCCCCACCUGCUGCUGUACCUCCCCCUCAAAUGAAGACUGUUGCAUCUCCACCUGCUCCCUAUAGCCAACCAAUGAAAACCACUCCUGCAUCAACGCCUUCACCCCCUAACCCCAUACCUGUCCAGGGAGGACAGGGCGGAGGCAUGCCGCUGAACAUGAGGGAGGUGGAGGAGCUGGAGAAAAUGGCCCAAGACUUCAUCAAGACCAUGGACACACAGCCGCCAGUUAUUGCAGCUCCUCCCACAGAGGUUUGCGGGAAGUGCGGUGAGGCCCUCUCCCACACUCAGCCAGCGGUGAAGGCCAUGGAUAAGCUCUUUCACUCCAACUGCUUCAGCUGCAUGUCCUGCCAUCGCCCCCUGCAGGGCAUGCAGUUCUACGACAGGAAUGGCUCGCCACAAUGCGAGGACUGCUACAAGAAUUCCCUGGCCAUGUGUUUCCGAUGUGGGGAGAGAAUCACCGACCGCGUGCUGAAGGCAGUGGGACAGAGCUUCCAUGCACACUGUUUCCGCUGCAGCACCUGCUCCUGCGUACUCGAGGGAGCCCCCUUUAUCACCGACGACAACAACAACCCCUACUGUGUCCAGGACUACCACAGGCGUUUCUCUCCUCUGUGUGUGAGCUGCAAUGAACCCAUUGUGCCAGCCCCAGGCAGCGAGGAAACUGUUCGAGUAGUGGCGCUUGACAAGAACUUCCACCUUAAGUGCUACCGCUGUGAGGACUGCGCUCGCCCUCUCUCCAUUGAAGCAGAUGAAAAUGGCUGCUAUCCACUGGACGGCAAGAUUCUGUGUAUGAAGUGCCACACCAAGAGAGCCGCGCUAGCCGCAAAGUGAUCUGCAUCACUCUGUUUACCUAUGAACCAAAUCCAAAAGCACAGGAUUUACUCAGCUGCCGCUUUGCCUUUGCAUCAGGGCUUUUAUUCUGUAACCGCGUGUAUGUGUGAGCGUUACAAAAAAAGUAUGUUUGCAUGCAGAUACUGUAGAGUAUUUCUCUCAUCUUUGUCCACUUUAUCCAGUGCAGAGGUAAUGUACUGCGCUGAACGUUAUUCCCCUUUCUCUGUUAUUCCAGAUCUGUCAUUGAUCCAAACUCCAGCUUUCACUGCGAAAGCAACGUUUCUGUGCCAACUAAAUGUUUACCGUUCCCUGCAAAACUUGCACAAGACAAAUUGAAAAUAUGAAAGUUGCCUCCCCCACGUUUAAAUAUGAUCGGUGGCCCAGGACCUGAGCUUUUGUGUCUCACUACCGACUGUCGUUUCUGUUUUUUCUCGUGAGGCAAAUGGGUGUUUUCGCUGCAUGGUCCCCGAUUAAGAAAAAUGAUUGCUUUUUGGCCUCUGCAGCUCCUUAAAGGAGGGUCGGUUACACUUUGAGGCCCUAAAGUGCUUCGUAUGCGGCUUUGACAGCAUUUUUAAGAGGUCUCUAGGGCUACAGCAAAAAAAAGAUAAACAGUGAAUGUUAGUGUGAUGUGAAUGUCAUGAUCUACCAGCACGUGUUUAACUCUCUUGUUACUUUGUCGGUUAACACAAUCGGCUCAAAAAAGUAAAAAAAAUUGGAGACGAUUAAACCGCAAGUAUUUUUUGUUUGUUUUUUAAUGCAUGUUUUAUGGAUGCAAAAAUGAACAAAUCAGCGUAGACAAACUUGGCAAGCACAGCUUCUCUUUCAAAAGGUUCCGCUUUACCAGCUAACAAAAGAAACAGGACCUACGAUGUGAUCUUGCACAGUGCCAUACUGAAGUGAAAUAUUAAAUAUUCCUCUUUUUUUUCUCGUCACUUUGACUAAAAGUUCUCUGCACAAGAAAGACAAAAAGACUAGAAGUAGUUGGUGGUAGUUUUGAUAGGUAUUUCUUAAGCUUUAAGUAAUUUAUGGAUCAAUGCAAGUGUUAAAGAUGACCCUCUGGAUAGAACGGCAAGUUUUAUUUUUAGGUAGCAUUUGUCUAAGGAAAAAAAAAAAAAGGGUGACCAAAUGUUUCUAUGCAGAUGACAGGAUCAUAAUCAGUUACAUGGAUAUCAAUCGUUGAUAUUUAAACUCUUUUCAUUGCUUUUUUUUUACCAUAAAUGCCACUAUUAUUUCCAACCAUUAGUACUUGUGUUGGCUUAUAUAUUUACUGCAUUUCAUUAAACUUGGAUUUGUUUUAGCAACGUGCCUUCUCUGCUCUGGUUUUCUGUUUCCUUGCCGUCACAGUAAUGAUUCCUCUGUAACAAACAUGUUUUUUUGACUAGUCAGAUAUGAGUACUGAUUCAGCGUUGCAUGUCAGAUGUGUAAUGGGUGGUGGCAUUUCCGUAAGUAUUACGUCUCCUGUGUUGCACCAAUGACUCACCUUUGUGCCCGUACCUUUGCCAUCACUGUGCGCUCUCAGAUCCGUGCGUCACAGCUGCAUAUAUUUGGUAUUACUUUGUAAAUUGUAUUACAUGUGGACGCUUUCGUCUUUUCUUACAAUCUUUUUUAUACGUGUGAUUUAUGUGAAUGUGUUUAAAAUGUUGU